GGGGGAGGCUCCGCCCACGGCCCCGCCCCCCUCCCAAGUGCGCGCGGACCCCCAGCUCCCUCUGAGUUGCGCUGGGCUUGGCUGCUGCACCAUGACCCUGGAGGCGAUCCGCUACUCGCGGGGCUCCCUGCAGAUCCUAGACCAGCUGCUGCUGCCCCAGCAGAGCCGCUACGAGGCGGUGGGCUCGGUGCACCAGGCCUGGGAGGCCAUCCGCGCCAUGAAGGUGCGGGGCGCCCCGGCCAUAGCCCUGGUGGGCUGUCUCAGCCUCGCCGUGGAGCUGCAGGCGGGCGCCGGGGGACCGGGACUCGCCGCGCUCGUGGCCUUCGUGCGCGACAAGCUGAGCUUCCUCGUCACCGCCCGGCCCACCGCUGUCAACAUGGCCCGCGCCGCCCGCGACCUGGCUGAUGUUGCAGCCCGGGAGGCCGAACGGGAGGGCGCUACGGAAGAGGCGGUCCGGGAGAGAGUGAUCUGCUGCACCGAGGACAUGCUGGAGAAAGACCUCAGAGACAACCGAAGCAUUGGGGACCUAGGAGCCCGCCAUCUCCUGGAGCGGGUGGCCCCCAGCGGUGGCAAGGUGACUGUGCUGACCCACUGUAACACUGGUGCUCUGGCCACCGCUGGCUAUGGUACAGCCCUAGGUGUGAUCCGCUCACUGCACAGCCUGGGCCGCCUGGAGCAUGCCUUCUGCACGGAGACCCGGCCCUACAACCAGGGAGCCCGGCUGACAGCCUUUGAGCUGGUCUAUGAGCAGAUCCCCGCCACCCUUAUCGCUGACAGCAUGGUGGCUGCUGCCAUGGCCCAUAGGGGCGUGUCAGCUGUGGUCGUGGGAGCUGACCGCGUGGUUGCCAAUGGCGACACAGCCAACAAGGUGGGCACCUACCAGCUGGCCAUUGUCGCCAAGCACCAUGGCAUUCCCUUCUACGUGGCUGCCCCCAGCUCUUCAUGUGACCUCCGUCUGGAGACCGGCAAGGAGAUCAUUAUUGAAGAGCGACCGGUCCAGGAGCUGACCGAUGUUAAUGGGGUCCGGAUUGCGGCACCCGGGAUUGGAGUUUGGAAUCCUGCCUUCGAUGUCACCCCCCAUGACCUCAUCACUGGCGGCAUCAUCACAGAACUGGGGGUCUUUGCGCCUGAGGAGCUCCGGACAGCCCUAACCACCACCAUCUCUUCCAGGGAUGGAACCCUAGAUGGACCCCAGAUGUAACAAACUCAGCUCUCCCUAGCCUGCCUCUCUAGGUUUUUUAAUACAUUUCUUGAAUGGCUACCCAAAAGCUGACCUUCCUGCCCCAGACCACACUUGUUCCUAGUGCAGGGAGCUCAGACAGGGCCUUCUAUCUAGAGCCCAGCAUCUAGAGCCAGGCUGCCCAGAUUCAAAUCCUGACUCUGCCACUUUUCCCACUGUAUGAUCUUGGGCAAGUCACUUCACCUCUCUGUGCCUUGGUUUCCUCAUUUAUAAAAUGUGGAUAACAGGCAGGGCGCAGUGGCUCACACCUGUAAUCCCAGCACUUUGGGAGGCCGAGGCAGGUGGAUCACAAGAUCAGGAGAUUGAGACUGUCCUGGCUAACAUGGUGAAACCCCAUCUCUACUAAAAAUACAAAAAAUUAGCCAGGCGUGGUGGCGGGCACCUGCAGUCCCAGCUACUUGGGAGGCUGAGGCAGGAGAAUGGCGUGAAACUGGGAGGCAGAGCUUGCAGUGAGCCGAGAUAGCGCCACUGCACUCCAGCCUGGGCAACAGAGCGAGACUCCGUCUCAAAAAUAAAUAAAAUUAAUUAAUUAAUUAAUUAAUUAAAAAAAUAAAAAAUAAAUGGAUAAUACUAGUACCUCCCUCUUAAGGUCAGGGCUGGAGCUAGGGUGACAUCUCCAGGGCAGAAUUUUAAGAGGACACAAAAAACCUCAGCAACCAAAAUAAAAAAUAUUUUAAAGCAAUAUUUUGUUUUGGGUUUUUUUUUUUUGAGAUCGAAUAUCACUCUGUUACCCAGGCUGGAAUGUAGAGGCGAGAUCUCAGCUCAUUGCAACCUGUGCCUCCCAGGUUCAAGCGAUUCUCCUGCCUCAGCCUCCUGAGUAGCUGGGAUUACAGGCAUGCGCCACCAUGCCCAGCUAAUUUUUCUAUUUUUAGUAGAGACAUGAUUUCACCUUGUUGGCCAGGCUGGUCUCGAACUCCUGACUCAAAUGAUCCCCCUGCCUCAGCCUCCCAAAGUGCUGGGACUACAGGCAUGAGCCACUGUGCCUGACCUUAUAGCAGUAUUUUUUAAAAAUCAAAAUUAAUGCAAAAAUCCAUGAUGAGGCCAGGCUUGGUGGCUCAUGCCUGUAAUUCCAGCACUUUGGGAGGAUCCCUUGAGCCCAGGUGUUUGAGACCAGUUUGGGUAACAUAGGAAGAGCUUGUCUCUACAAACAAAAAUUUAAAAACAAUGAGCUGGGCAUGGGACUCACACCUCUAGCCCCAGCUACUCAGGCUGAAGUGGGAGGAUGGCUUGAGCCCAGGAGUUCAAGGAUGCAGUGUGCUUUGAUUGCACUACUGCACUUCACCCUAAGCAACAGAGUGAGACCCCAUCUCUUUAAAAAAAAAAAAAAAAAAUCCAUGAUGAACAAAACAAAACAAGUAUUUUUUUGAGACAGGGUCUCGCUCUGUCGCCCAGGCUGGAGUACAGUGGUGCCAUCUCAGCUCACUGCAACCUCCGCCUUCUGGGUUCAAGCGACUCUCCUGCCUCAGCCUCCCGAGUAGCUGGGAUUACAGGAGCCUGGCACUAUGCCUGGCUAAUUUUUGUAUUUUUAUUAGAGACACCAUGUUAGUCGUGGCUGGUCUGGAACUCCUGACCUCGGGUGAUCCGCGCGCCGCGGCCUCCCAAAGUGCUGGGAUUACAAGCGUGAGCCACCGUGCCCGGCCUAAAUAAAAUUUUGAAGAGGCUAGAACCCCGCACUUGUGCUUGAGCUUACUGACCUCAACACCCUGGUUCCACUAAAACUUUAUUUACAAAAUUAUGCUGCCGGUCUGCAGGAUGUAGUUUAACAAUUUGAUUAUUUUGGAUAUUAAAAUAUUUUUUAAGUCUUGAAAAUAUUGUUUACGAUUACCAAAGUUUUUGAACCUUCUUAAAUUCUGUACCAGAGGUGAGUGCCGCACCCUAACCUAGUCUGAGUUUUUAUGUGUAAAGAUCAUAAAACGUUGUAAGUUUUCUAAAACACAUAAGCUCUCAAUAAACGUUAGCUUAUCAUUGUCA